AUUUAUAUGUUGUUUACAGGAUAUUAUCGAGUCAAUUACGAUUUAGAGAAUUGGAAAAAAAUUGCAAGAUACUUAGCCUCUAAGAAUUACAUAAAAAUACACGUUCUUAAUCGUGCUCAAAUUAUUGAUGACGCUUUUCACUUCAUGAUAACGAAACAACUCGAUUCUUCCAUAUUCUGGAAGAUUACAGAAUAUCUAGAACAAGAAACAGAUUUUGUAGCAUGGUAUCCUAUGUUUAAAGCUUUAGAAUACAUGUCGAGUGUUUUUCCACUUCCAAAAAGAAAAACUGAUAAAAUCAAGAUAAGAAUGCGGAGUAUUUUAUAUAAGGUGCUUCAAGAACUUGUAUACGAAGAAAUUCCUAAUGAAAACGAUUUUAGAAAACGUUUAAGACAAGAAGCUGCAAAAUGGGCGUGUUCUUUUGAUGAUCGGAUAUGCAUAGAAAUAGCCAACCGUGAUUUAAGACAACAUCUCGCAAAUCCCGAAGAAAACAAACUCUUACCAUGGUGGAAAGAAUGGACAUAUUGUAAUGGUUUAAAAUUAAUGCCCGAUCCUCAUAUUAUGAGUUAUGAAAACUCUACUUGGUGGGCAGUACAUCGUAUGGGAAAGGAAAAAUUUAAAACUAAAGUUUUAGAAUUUCUGGCUUGCCCUGAGCAUCCAGAUUUUAUAACAGACUAUCUAAAUCUGAUAGGAAAUGAUAGUGAAACAUCGAUUAUGUUGCUAAAAGAUUUUCGCAAUCAAGAUUAUAUUAAUUGUUUCCUUUUUACUAUUGCGAAGUACGCGAGGAAAAAUAAAGUACUUAACUUUAUAUUAAACAAAUUUAAGGAAAUAAAACCAAAGAAAAUCAAUACGGUUGUAGCAUUAACAGUUCUUAUAAAUCAUUUAUAUUCUAAGGAACAACUCAAACAGAUGAACAAGUUUCUGACUAAAAAUUUGGAGGAAUUAAAAAAUUAUACAAUAAGGAGAACAUUAGAAAAUUUGCAAGAACCUUUAGAUAAAAUUCUCGAGAUUAAUGCGGAAAUGAUAAGACAAUUGAAAAAAGAGGAACAACUGAAUAAUAUAAUUCUAAACAAGCUAGAUAUACGCUCUCACCAAAUCGAAUCUCAGAUAAAGUAUCUUGACAAUUUAGUAUUAUAGUUAUUAGUUAAUGAAAACUGAUAAUAGUAAUAUAUAUCUAUCUCAGUAUAAAUAUAUCUGUUUGGUAAAUAUUUUUUUGUACGCCACAUACUUAAUAUUUUAAUUUUGUACGCUUAUUGUUAGGUGCAUUAAUGAUACUCGAUUCGUUUGCAUUAACAAAAAUAUUUCAUGCAUGCGGUUACAAGUUUUCUUAUCACUUUGAGAUAUUCAAAUUAUACAAUUAAUUAUGUAAAUAAGAAAGUAUGAUUUUUUAAUAUAUGGAUUAAUAUAUCAUAUUUUGUAAAUGUUAUAAAAACAAAUUUGUCUGUUGAAUACAAAUAUGCUGAAUCAUUAAUGCAUCAAAAUGAACCAUCUGUUUUUGUAUUUUGAAUUGUAUUUUAAAUUGUAUUUUGAUUUUUCUUUAACUUUUUCCUUUA